CUCACCGGCUGAGCUAUGUGGACAUGUUGGGGAAAGGGCGGAAUUCUCCGUAAACAGUCGGGGACAGAGAGCCCGCGCCACCAUGAGACUAACGGGCUCCACAGCAGAGCUGAGAGCCGCACGGACGAGAGAAAAGGAGGAAUACAGCAAACGUCACUUCCGAGUCUGAGAGCUGCAGAAGGCGAGAUGGAGCGGAGCAGUGUCGAGGAUUUGGACGCGCGGCUUCAAGCGCUGGAAAAGCGGGUUUGCGGUGAACUUGGGAAGAAUAACAGACCAGUUAAGUGUGCUGAGUCUCUGGUGAGGAUAAACACUGCCCUUGCAAACACAGCAAACAAGAGGGAACGAGUCAAGAUUCUUCACAAGAAAAUUGAAGACUUGCUGAAGUAUCUCGAUCCACAGUUCACGGAUUAUAUUGCUGUGCCCGAUGCCAUGAAACUUGAGUUUAUAUUAGCAGAGGAGGACUUCCUGCGCUCCCAGGCUGCCUUGCUCGAGCAGGUGAACAACCUGCAGCCUCUGCUGGACAGUAAUCACAUUAAAGCUGUUCCAGAACUCACUACCAAAGUGCAACGACUGUCUCAAAUUCACAUCGAGCAGCAGAACCAAAAUGAGGAGUUAUCUGCAGAAGUGAGAAGGCUGUUUGAAGAGUACAACAAAAUGAUGUUUCUUUUAUCAAAGCAGUUUACCCAGUGGGAUGAAACCCUACGGAAACUGGAAGCACCCAAACAAGGCCAGCCCAUUGAAUAAGAUGAACAAUGCUUAUUAUCUCACAUUUCACAGUUUGUGCGGUCUUUUCUCCUGUACAUUUGCUCCUUUUUUUUUUGCUUACUGCUGACUUGCAACUCUUUAAUAUAGAUUUCAAAGCUCAAUAACAGUUUUAGUCAUGUCUAUUUUCUACUCGAGGUCAUUGUCCUGAGUAAUAAACCAGAAAUGUUAUCAUACUGUUCUGCGUCCUGUAUGUGUAUAUAUUGCCUUAUACUCACAUGGUAUAUUACAAAACACUAGCGUGUGCACAGAAUAAGAACUGCUCCUUAGAUGCAAGUGUGAUUCAAAGGUUCUUCAAUGCCUUGCUUAGCCUUUCUUAAAUGUCGUGUUUUUGUGAUUGACUCUGUUUGUGCUUGUUUCUGUUCAUAUACAUGCCCUUGCAUCUUUUUUGUUAUUUAUUAUGUAAUCUAUGCUGCAGUCAGAAAGGUGAUUGUUUAGAAAUGUUAAGAUAUUAUUUUAUGAAAAUUAAUCUGGUUGCCAUAAAACCUACACUGUACCUA